AUGAGUGCUGCUGCUGCAGUUGCUACGACGUCGAACCCCCGAGAGCAGGCCAUUAAUAGUUAUAUUAGUAAAGUAAAGGAGCAUAGAGAGCGCGAGGCCAGAUGCAAAGAACUUCGGGAACAAAUCAAGGAAGUUGAAAAUGACUUCGAGACGUCGGAGGACCAUUUGAAGGCUCUCCAGAGUGUCGGACAGAUAGUCGGCGAGGUUCUAAAGCAGCUAGAUGAGGAGAGAUUCAUUGUAAAGGCAUCCAGCGGUCCCCGAUAUGUGGUGACCUGCAAGCAGCGAUUGGAUGCGGCCAAGCUGACCACAGGCACUCGAGUGGCUCUCGAUAUUACUACUCUUACUAUUAUGAAGGCGAUGCCGAGGGAGGUCGAUCCUCUGGUUUUCAGUAUGCUCAGCGAGGAUCCGGGUGAAGUGCGAUAUUCUGAAGUUGGCGGCCUCAAUGAACAAAUUAGAGCGAUGAGAGAAGUUGUUGAAUUACCCCUCACCAACCCUGAGCUUUUCAAAAGGGUUGGGAUUAAUACACCAAAAGGAGUUUUACUAUACGGUCCCCCGGGUACUGGGAAAACGCUGUUGGCUCGAGCGAUGGCUCAUAACAUGACGGCGAGUUUUAUCAAGGUGGUGGCCUCGGCUAUUGUGGACAAGUACAUUGGCGAGUCCGCACGUGUGAUUCGUGAGAUGUUUGGUUACGCUAAGGAACAUCAGCCAUGUAUCAUUUUUAUGGACGAAAUUGAUGCCAUUGGUGGGAAGAGAUUCGGUCAGGGAACAAGUGCUGAUAGAGAGAUUCAGCGAACUCUUAUGGAGCUGUUGAAUCAACUGGAUGGAUUCGAUGACCUUGGGGCUGUGAAGAUCAUUAUGGCCACUAAUCGUCCUGACGUUCUCGAUCCUGCUCUUCUGCGUCCCGGCCGUCUUGAUCGUAAAAUUGAGAUACCACUCCCCAACGAAACAGCUCGAAUUGAUAUCUUAAAGAUUCAUGCCAGUAAGCUCGCCAAGCACGGUGAGAUUGACUACGACGCCUUAUCGAAGCUCUCCGAUGGCUUCAACGGCGCGGAUCUGCGGAAUAUAUGUACGGAGGCGGGUAUGUUUGCCAUCAGGGCCGAACGUGAUUAUGUUAUUGAGGAAGAUUUCAUGAAGGCUGUACGGAAGUUAUCGGAAAGCAAGAAGCUCGAGGGCAAGCUGGACUAUGAGAAAGUAUAA